AUGAGCACGAACAUCCCAUCCCUACAACAGCUCGCAUUUAUGGAAAUCGUUCCCUGGGAUCUCUAUAUGCAGGUGACCGGCAAGUUCAUCGAAACCCUGACAAGGCUCCGAAAGGGCGAACUGGAGCUGUGGACCCUCAACCGCCUGCGGUACAACUACCUCGAUCAGUUUCUAGAGGUACAGCAAUACUACAAUAGGAUUCGGUGGGUGGUAGGCAAGCUCAACGCGGAGGCCCGUUUCUAUGACGCUUUCCUCCAAAAGCACAACUGGAUAAUGAGCCGUGCCGAGAUGGCGGAAGUUAUUAAAUCUAUCCUGCCACACGAUCCAUUGCUGGGGAGGCAUCAGCCGAGCACCGAACCUCUCCCGCCUCUACCUGCUGAGUACGAAGUAACGAUUGCCGACCACCCGGAUACACCCUGGAUGAACGGCGAUCAUCAUCAGCCGAACUGGCAACCUAGCCCAACUCCACCCGGGGAGGUGGCAGCCAACAAUGCCGACCACUUUGCCGCUCACAGGGCCUACCCCGGGUUGAACGGCGGUCAUCAUCAGCCGAACGGGCAGCCUGUCCUGACUCCACUCGGGGAGAUGGCAGCCGACAAUGCCGACCCCUUUGCCGCUCACGGGGCCUGCCCCGGGAUGAAUGGCGGUAAUGACCAGUACGACGGGAGUAACUUCAGGCAUCGUAACAAUGUCCGCGUCUACAGCGAUGAACAUAGGAUAUCCUUUCAGCAGGUGGGAUGGAGCAGGCUCAGACAGGAGUACGACCGAAGUGUUGGUGGCGAGUAG